CCAAUUUUGCAAUACACACGUAUCGGCUAGCUACACGCAUAUCAACCGGAAUGAAAUCAUACCUUAUCAAUCAUUACUGAAGUUUAUUUUGACGUAUUGGUGUGAACUUGGAGAAAGGAUUUCGGCCAGACUUUCUAGUAUGGCUGACGGUCAAUUUGAAGACGCAGAUGAGAUGGGAUUAGUCGUAAAAAUGGUACAACCACCAAGGAAUCCUGUGUCCAUAUCUACAGCUCAGAUUGAGGAAGGAAAUUUAACUCAAAAAGUUCUUGAGGCAUCUCUGGAGGAGGCUGAGUGGGAUGAAGACGACGAUGGGGAGGAGGAUGAUGACUACUAUGACUGGGAAGAGGAAAGCACAGAUUUCACAAAGAAGUUCAAUACAGUGAGGGCUUGCAACCCCCAGCCUAAACGAGGAAUGAACCCGGCCAAUCCAAAAGAAGUCUCUUCAUUUCAGCCUCAUGAAAAGUCAAUGCACCGUUACGCCAGCAAGAUAACGGUGGAUAAAUACUCAGGACCCCGAUCCCUCUCCAACUCUGCCACCAACUCUCUCAUGAAGACAAAAAGGAAGGUGGAAUCAGACAGAGUAAGAGUCAAAGACAAGGCAGAUAGAGCUACAAUGGAACAGGUCAUGGACCCUAGAACAAGGAUGAUACUGUUCAAGAUGUUGAGUAGGAAUGUCAUCUAUGAAAUCAACGGCUGUAUCAGUACAGGCAAAGAAGCCAACGUCUAUUAUGCUACGACAAAGCUAGGAGAUCAUCGAGCAAUAAAGAUCUACAAGACGUCAAUCCUGACUUUCAAAGAUCGAGACAAGUACGUGACGGGAGAAUUCCGUUUCCGACAUGGAUACUGUAAGAGCAACCCUCGUAAGAUGGUCCGAACGUGGGCCGAGAAGGAGAUGAGAAAUCUUCUCAGGUUACAUAAUGCUGGAGUGAGGUGCCCUGAACCACAUGUCCUGAGAAGCCAUGUUCUUGUCAUGGACUUCAUAGGAAUCGAUGGAUGGCCAGCUCCACUGCUGAAGGACGUAAACCUGAGUGAGAGCAAGGCGAGGGAGCUCUACUUGGAAUGUAUUCAGCAGGUCCGAAGGAUAUACCAGAAAGCCAAGCUCGUCCAUGCCGAUCUCAGCGAAUUCAACAUGUUAUAUUGUCAGGACAAGCUGUAUAUCAUUGAUGUGUCUCAGUCCGUUGAGCAUGAUCAUCCCAGUGCCCUGGAGUUCCUCCGCAAAGACUGCACCAAUGUCACAGAGUACUUCAGGAAGAAUGGUGUGUGUACAAUGACCAUGAGGGAGCUCUUUGAGUUUGUCACCGACCCCAAUAUCACCGAAGACAAUAUCGAGGAAUAUCUUGAUGAGGCCAUGGAGAUUACGUCGAGAAAGUCGACCACAGAGGUCACAGCUCAGGAGGAGGUGGAUGAAGAGGUGUUCAGGCAAGCAUUCAUCCCUCAGAAGCUAGAAGAGGUCAAGCACUAUGAAAAAGAGAUUGUCAAAGCAAAAGAAAACAAGGAGCAUGAGAUGUACUAUAAGACAAUCACAGGACUGAAAGGAGACCUGAGUGGUAUUCAAGAGGAUCCUGCCUUACUUGAAGACAGGCUGGUCGGCCCCGGACAGACCCAGGGAAAGGGAGAAGCCGGAGAGGAGGAGGAGAUGGAGGAGGAGGAGGAGGAGGAGGAUGAGGAGAGUGGGGAAGAAGAUGAGGAGAAGACAUCAGAAAGACAGCAUCACAGACCAAGGGAUGAAUCGCCAACAGCAAAAAAAGAGAGGAAGAAAGCCAUCAAGGAAGAGAAGCGAGAGAACAGGAAAAACAAAGUCCCCAAACACAUCAAGAAGAGGAAAGAGAAGAUAGCAAAGGAACACAAAAGCACCAAGAAAUGAUGAUCCUCUGUAUGAUCAGGAUUAUGAACCAUAUUUAUAGUAGUAAUGAUGAUUCGUCGGUUGCCCGGUAAAAGGUCGCGUAGCGUGAUCGCUGGUAAAAAAGGGGGAACCGCAAAAAACGCUUUUGAAGUUUUAAUACCUACUUCAAGUGCUAAAAACGACUAUGUUUCUAUGUUCCAUGUAGCCAAAACUAUUCCUAGAGAUAGAUAUUUACCUGAUUUAUUAUGUUCUUAAAUUAAUUUGCAAAUAUAUCUUUCUUUUGCUACACUACGUUUUGCUGGAAACAAAAAAGCCCAAACCAUAAUUUCACUUCCCGGCAAAAGGUAGUGUAGC